AUGGACUGGGAAAGUAAGCAUUGGGAGUCUCUGUUAGCUGUGGCCAACAGGAAAUAUAAACUCAACGAGGUCUCUCCAGAUGACCAACUCUCUCAAUCUGAUGGAGGAAUUGGGAAUACUGAUGGGAACAACCGUGACAAUAUCAGCAAAGAUGAAAUUCGAGGUCCUGAUAAUUCAUCACCUCGGGUUACAAGUCUGCGCGAGAAAAUAAAGAAUGAUCUGUCCCACUUCAAGUCAACCUUGGCGUGGUGGCGCCAGAAAGCCGACGACCUAGAAAGUGAAGUGAGGAGCAUGAUGAUGUUGGCUCCCCACGACACUCUUGAAGACAAGCUGCGGGACGUGGAACUGGAAAUCUCGAGUUUGAAGUUGAAUCUGGCUGCUCCUCACAAUCUUUCAAAGGCCAAAUCGAGCACUCCUGGCCUAUCCAAGGUUGGGGUAGAUGCAAAGAGCAACCAGAUGUUGGAAAAACUGCAAGACGGAUUUGAAAAGAUGUCCGCGAGUCCAACUAUCCAGGGCGUGCAGCAACUUUACAACAGAUUGGAUGAAGAGUACAAAAAUUGUUUGUUGUGUCUUACAGCUUUCCCGGAGAACGCAAUCAUAAAGAAAAGGGUCCUGAUCAAUUGGUGGGUUGGGGAGGGGCUCCUAGUUGUCACAGAUCCGAAGGGAUCCAUGGCCGUUGAGAAAGCUGCGGAAAAAAUCUUCAAAGAGCUUGGCGAGAAGGGCUUCAUCAUGCUAGUUCAUAAGAAGGGAAAGCGGAGAAGCCCUGUUCCCGACAGUUGCCAGCUCCACCCGUUUAUGCGGCGGGUCCUGAUAACUUUAGCAAAAAAGGCUAAAUUCUUCGACUUAGAUCUCCAGGGUAAUGCAACGCCUGACUAUUCUCAGUGCACCAGGGCAUGCUUGGUAGAAGGUGGACAGCUCUCGAGGCCAUCAACAGUGAGCGAGGGACGGAAAUUAAAGACAUUGUUCAACAUGAAUGAGCAGUUUCUUGAUUUAAAAUUGGAUUUUUUUAUUAGUUGCAAAGUUCUUCAGUUGGGACGGUGGAUGGUGUCCGCAGAUCAUAACAUCGAUGUGGAUGACGCGCCAUCCCUGUUAAGAGGAAUGGGCACAAUGAAGAGGCUGAGAUACUUGAGCCUUCAAGGUGUGACAAAGAUUGGAAAACUUCCUGCUUCUAUUUGCGAUCUAUAUAAUCUGACAAUACUUGAUCUCGGAGCAUGCCAAAGUUUGGAAACACUUCCCAGGGAAAUUGGUUCUUUGAAGAAACUCACAUACUUGGACUUCUCCGAGUGCUACAUGAUCAGCCGCAUGCCCAAGAGUCUCAAAAACCUGCAGCAGCUUCAAGUUCUCAAGGGGUUUGUGCUUUACCAAGACGGAAAGAAAAAGGACAAAUCAGAAAAUCGUGAAGAAGCUUGCACGCUCUCUGAUUUGGCAAGUAUGAAGAAAUUGUGGAAAUUGAGUUUGCGACUGGAUAAAGCAGAUGAUUUAGAAGAUGAACAUAUAAAAGAUCUAUCGCAGCUGCCCGAAUUGACGUCAUUGAUGAUUACAUGGAUCCAAGCUACUAAGCAACCCAGCUCAUCUGACAGGGGAGCUGGCAGAAAGUCGAAGAGACGCAAGGAAUCCUCUAAGGAGCCCAAAAAGCCCGAGAACAGUUUGAGCGGAGGCGAGCCUUUUCCUGGUAAACUGACGAAGCUAGAUUUGCGUGGCUAUCCUAGACCAUCCAUGCCAAAGUGGCUAACUCAUUCAGAGGUAAAAGUACUCGAGAAACUCUACAUCAGAGGAGGUAACCUUGCGAAUCUCAACCGGGAUUCUCACUCUGAUAGUCUGUGGUCGGUCAAGAUCUUGCGGCUCAAGUUCCUCGCUAACUGCGAGAUCGAGUGGUUGGACCUGCGACAUCAUUUCCCAUCUCUGGUCUACUUGGAAAAGUUUCAUUGUCCAAAGCUCAAGCUUUUCCCAUGCGAUGGCUAUGGCAUCUGGAUGAAUCCCAAUGCUAAGGAAGAAGGAUGA